CAGAAGCGCAUGCAUUGUUCCGUCAUCGUUCCUUUUUAGAUAGAGAGGGAGAGAGAUUGAAUUCUAGAGAGAGAAAGGAGGGAACUGAGUCUGCAAAAAUCAAAUUUUCCUUUUUUUUGUUUGAGAUAUGAGUUGUGAUAUGAAGAAUAUGGAGUGGCCUUCGUAUGUGGAUGAAUACGAAAAGCUCAUUAUUCGAAUGUCUACGCCAAGGGUCAUGAUCGACAAUGCGGGCUGUUCCAAUGAGACCAGGCUAAUGAUUGAUAGUGCGAGAAAACAUGGGAUUCUCCUCGAAGCCGUCCAAGUCCUGACGGAUCUGAACCUUUCAAUCAAAAAGGCCUACAUCUGCUCCGACGGCCGGUGGUUCAUGGACGUUUUUCAUGUGACCGACUUGAAUGGGAAUAAACUAACCGAUGAGAGCGUCCUCGGUUGCAUCGAGCAGUCGCUUGAAACUGUCCAUUACGGCCGACCAGCAAGCGUCAAGGGUUUAACGGCCCUUGAGCUAACGGGCACGGAUAGGGUCGGGCUUUUAUCCGAGGUUUUCGCUGUUCUUUCCAAUUCGAGCUGUAAUGUAGUCGAUGCCAAGGUUUGGACACACAAUGGCCGUAUAGCUUCCUUAAUUUACUUGAAGGAUGACAACUCGGGCUCGCCAAUCGAGGACGAGCAGAAGUUGGACGCAAUUGGGGCCGUUUUGAGGAACGUGCUGAAAGGGGAUAAUGACAUUCGGAGUGCGAGAACCUCGGUUUCGUUGGCUGUGACUCAUACCGAGAGGAGGCUCCAUCAGUUGAUGUUUGCUGACCGGGACUAUGAGGCCGGGCCUGGUUUGGGCCCGAGUGUGUCGGUUAGGAAUUAUUUGGAGAAGGAUUAUUCGGUCGUGAAUAUUCAGUGCAGGGAUCGGAAUAAGCUUUUGUUUGAUGUGGUCUGCACGUUGACCGAUAUGGGUUAUGUUGUUUUCCACGCCACGGUCGACACGUCUGAGAAUGCGGCGUCUCUGGAGUUUUUCAUCAGACACAUGGACGGGACACCGAUUAGCUCCGAUGCCGAGAAGGAGCGCGUGAUUCUCUGUCUACAGGCCGCGAUCGAGAGAAGGACAUCUAAGGGUGUGAGGCUCGAGCUGUGUGCGGAUGAUAGAAAAGGUUUGUUGGCGGAUGUGAUGCGGACUUUUCGUGAAAAUGGGCUUAAUGUGACGCGGGCCGAGAUAUCGACAGCUCGGGAUACGGCCCGAAACGUAUUCUAUGUGACGGAUGCAGUUGGAAACCCGGUUGACUCGGAGAUCAUAGACUCGGUGAGGGAAAAGAUUGGUUUAGGGAAUCUGAAAAUUACGGAAUUGCCCACCCCGUGUGGGCGGAAGGUCGAGAGGGAGGGCCCACGCGUGCUGAUGUCGCUCGGGAGCAUGGUGGGGAGGAGUCUGAAUUACUUUGGGCUGAUUAAGUCUUAAGCUGAAAGAAUCUGAAGACACUUUUUAACUUUUAACACAAAUGGGAGUGGAAGGCAUGGCAUAUUCUUCUUUCAAUGGUGAUGGGCAUUUUGUACAUAGAUAAGUGAAGGGAAUUUACAGAACAAAAGAGUUGGUGAAGUUAGUUUGGAUUGUAAAUAUGAACAAACAACAAAAAAGGUGGGAUUGAUGUUGGGGGCCCCCAGCUCCCCUAUUUUUCUUUUUUUUUUUAAAAAAAA